AAAAAAUCCUGUUUGCUGUGUGGAAAAUGGACUGGGAAAGAGAAAGAAGUGGGAGUCCAUGUAGGAAACUGUUGGCAGAAGCCCAGAGUAUUUUCAAACCAGUGCCUGGGGCCAACCAGAACGCUGAGUGACCCAGGUGUCUGGGUGGUGGCCUGAGCUGGGAGAAGGAAGACGCUCGUGGAAGUUGCAGGGGAUAGCAGCAUGGAAAAGAAAGCCCAGGACAGCAGGAAAGGUGCCCCCCGCAGAGCAGUGCCCCCCGCUGUGGGGCUGCUGCUCUCCAUGGCCCUCAUCAACAUGCUCCUCUACUUCUGCCUUGAUUGGUUUUUCAUCUCCCUUCCUCGCUCUGCCCUGGACUCUGCCCACUGUCCCCAGGGACACUUCAGAAUGGGACCGAUGAAAAACUGUUCACCGUGGCUGUCCUGCGAGGAGCUGAGGACUGAAGUGAGGCAGUUGAAGCGUGUUGGGGAAGGAGCUGUGAAGAGAGUCUUUCUGUCCGAGUGGAAGGAACGCAAAGUUGCGCUCUCCCGGCUCACCAGUCUGGAGAUGAAAGAUGAUUUCCUGCAUGGGCUGCAGAUGCUGAAAACCCUGCAGAGUAAACAUGUUGUCACCCUGCUUGGCUACUGUGAAGAGGACAACACUAUUCUUACCGAGUAUCACCCCUUAGGCUCCUUGAGCAAUCUGGAAGAAACGCUCAACCUUUCCAAGUACCACCACGUGAACACGUGGCAGCACCGGCUGCAGCUGGCCAUGGAUUAUGUGGCCAUCAUCCACUACCUGCACCACAGCCCGCUGGGCACGCUGGUCAUGUGUGACUCCAGUGACCUGCCCAAGACCCUAUCCCAGUAUCUGCUGACGAGCAACUUCAGCGUUGUGGUGAACGACGUGGACGCCUUGCCCCUGGUGAACCACAGCUCAAGGACACUUGUGAAGUGUGGCCACAGGGAGCUUCAUGGGGACUUUGUAGCUCCAGAGCAGCUGUGGCCCUAUGGAGAAGAUAUGCCGUUUGAUGAUGAUCUCAUGCCCUCAUAUGACGAGAAGAUCGACAUCUGGAAGAUUCCAGAUGUCUCUAGUUUCCUUUUGGGGCAUGUUGAAGGGAGUGAUAUGGUCCGGUUUCACUUGUUUGAUAUUCAUAAGGCAUGUAAGAGCCAGACUCCUGCAGACAGACCCACUGCUCGGGAAAUUCUAGACACUUAUGAGAAGGUUUUGAAUCUGCUCAGAGAGACUGUGAUGCCCCAGACAAGAGAAAUGCUAUAGAAACCAAUCAGUCGGUGAAGGAUGGGUUUUAAGGAACAAAUGGAAUCAUUGCAGCAAUUCUUGCUCUAAUGGUGAGUUUUUUGCUGUUCAGCAUGGGGUUCCUUGUCUGCAUCCACAUGCACAUGUGAGCUCUGCUCAUCCCCUGGGGACCCGGGCAGAUGCCUCCCUGUCUCAUGCUGAUCAUGCCCGCAGAACAUGAGGAGCAGCAGAUCUAGCCAUAUCUCAAGGAGGUACAAACGUGUCACCACAUAGGAGGUCUACCUGCCCUAAUUACUGAAUCUGUAAGCUUAUAAGAAACAUAUAAAGAAAAGAUCCCUGAAUGGCAGGAUAUGAAAGGAACGUACAGUAGUUUUCCAAAGAAUUUUUUUCCUCAUUUUUUUUGGAUAGUUGUCAAUACUACCAGGGUCACGGGAGUGUUUGUGGCCUGUCAACAUCACAUGGUGUUGAUGAGGCCAUCUUUACUGUUUUAAAUGAUUGUUUCAAUGUUCACUUUAAUGAAUGUGAAGCUCUUGUGCCAUCCUCUUUCCAGAAAUCUAAAGGAGAACCGUGAUAGCAUGCUCUUUGACAUUUUGAAUGGACAAGGAAUAUUCAGAACAGCAAGUAUGAGGAAAUUAUGUUACUGCCUUGGAUGGUGUUGGUGAAAUUCUUGUUUACCUUCCAGCUAGGUUUUCUGUGUCCAAAAUAAAUUAUUGUGUAUAGUUUACUUCAA